UGAAAGGCUUCGUCCUGACAAACAGCCCGAGCAGCUAGCGUCGUGCGCGACUAUUAACAUUUUUAACUUUUUUCUACGGUGAUUUGGUGUGCAGCUUAUUCUCAAGUACUCACUCGAGUUUUUAGAGUGUUGUGACGUAUUUCAUGCGUGACUCGCGUUGGUCUUGACGCGUUUUAAGUUAUGAAGCUUUCAAGUUCGGACAUCGUUUGCGGGGGUGUAGAACACGUGAAUUAUUUUACAGUUGAGUGAUUAAAUAAGGAUCGAUCGACGCAAGUAAUAUAUUUAACAUGGAUAUUUGUGUACGAAUAAGUGUACUAGUUUGAAAAAUCGAGGAUUACUGUCCGGUAAUCGCAGAAGCUAAUCUAUAAGCGCGCGCAAACAACAGCUGCAAGUGCAGCGCUCGAUGUUUCCCUCAUCGGCGGCAAUGCUAAAAAACCUCCAGCAGAGUGCCAUGGCCUCGCCGUCGUUCCUCAUGGAAAAUCUGCUACAGAGCAGCAAUGCGAGCUCGGCCGGCGGGCCCGCAAACAACGGGGCCGACUUCACGAGCUUGACCCUCAACUGGGCGGCGAGUCUGGUGGCUCGUCAGCGGGAGCGCGAAGCCCGUUGCAGCGAGAGCCACGAGCUGCGCGAAGCCGACCACUCGGCCCUAGAGGCCGCUUCACCCAGACCCAUCCAGUUGAGCCGGCAAUCGCACGAUAAGCUGACCGGCGCGGGCAGAUUAUCGCUGGGUGACGAGCCACCCGACAGCAAAAGCGUCCUGCAGCUGCAGCUCGUCGACUCGGAUACGGACGCUGCUGGUAGCGCGCUCGAUCGGCUCAGCGCCAUGGAGAGACUAUCGGAGCGCAUCGAGAACCGCUCGAGCUCGGCCAUGGACUCGAACAACUCGAUGGACGAGGACCGAGGCUCCGGGCCGGAAAUGGACGCCCCCCUCGAUGCAGCGCCUCCGCCGACGCGCUUUGCCGAUUUUGCUAGGCAGCAGCAGCAGCAGCAGCAGCAGCAGCAGCAGCAGCAGCAGCAGCAACAUCAGCAAGAGCUCAGAUUUGCCGAGUCUGCUCGGGAGGAUCGACUUUUAUUGCUCGACGGUGGCAGCAGGAUAAGCGAGGAGACCUGCAGUUGCGGAGACGAGCAGUGCCAAGCUGGUCCAGCUUGUCGACGAAUCCAGCAGAAAGAGAAACCCCAGCUCAAAUUCAGCGUAAAUGCCAUUCUCGGUGGCAAUCACGAUAGACGACCCAAUCACGAACACUUUCAGGGCAUACCUCCAGGGGCGUUGCCUGCAUUCUUGCACAAUCUUCAAAAUUCAACGGGUUACAGCAUAGCUAAACCUAUACCGAGGCCAGCUGCUUACCAUCCACAUCAUCCUCCUCAUCCAGGCCAUCAUGGGCCGCAGCAGCAUCACUUACCACCCAAUGCUCAUCAUACCCUGCAUCAACUACUUGGCUGUCGAACUCCUUACCUGACUGUGGCAAAUCCAGGUGGAGGCAAUCACCAAAUUCCUGGCAGCGGUGCCGGAUUCCCGAGUGCCAUGCAAGCAGCGAGCUUGGGCGAUCUCACGGGCAUGAGUCUGGGCUUUCCUUGGGCCGGCAGCGCAAGAGGCAAGCCUCGACGCGGCAUGAUGCGUCGCGCCGUCUUCUCGGAUCAUCAAAGACGAGGCCUCGAAAAGAGGUUUCAGGUGCAAAAGUACAUCAGCAAGCCGGAUCGCAAAAAACUCGCGGAAAAGCUCGGCCUCAAGGACUCACAGGUAAAAAUUUGGUUUCAAAAUAGGCGGAUGAAGUGGCGCAACAGCAAAGAGCGUGAAUUGCUCGCAACGGGUGGAUCCCGCGAACAGACCUUGCCGAACAAAAACAAUCCUAAUCCCGACCUGAGCGACGCAGACGCCGACCGACAACGCAUGGAUCUGAGCGACGCCAGUCCCCUGACUAGUCCACAGAGACCGGACGAUCACAGCGAUAAUGACGAUGACGAAGAGAUCAACGUCACGUGAUGAAUUCGUUGCUACUACUCCGGGCUCUUUUCAUAAAGAUAUAUCUUUUCAUAAAAAGAUGAUUCGAAGGAUACAAACAAUGCAUGAUCUUUAAGUAACAAAGAAGUUGAAGAAUAAUCGUGCUCGAAUGGAGAUAUAUUUUCAACUUAUCAUCUGUAAAUAAUUGUACAUUUGUUUUUACCAUACAGUAUUUCGAAAUAGUUUGCUCGAUUAGAAUUUCUCUUGUUUUCUGGUAUGAUUGUAACUCCUCUAGAAAUAAUUGAAAGUCAAUCAAACCUUUUCAUGGUAUGAUCGAAAAUGUAAAAAUUGUAAAAAAAAAGUUUGGUCAACAUUGGAAUAAAACGCCAAAUAAAUCGAUUAAUCUUUAAAUACUCAUCUCUAACUUAAAAAAGGUAUGCAUGAUCAAACGAAUCCAAAGAUUCGAGAUGACUUUUUGAAUAGUAUACGAAAUAUCUGUGAUAAGCUGAAUAUUAUUAUUCACGUUAGCCGGUAAACGUAUGCGAGAGUGUGUGAUUAAAUAAAACGAAAGUCAGUACAGUAGUUUAAAAAAAAUGUUAAUAACAAAUUGAAAAUUGUCGAUUUUUAAUUCACGAUCGAUUACAUUGACGAAUAUCACAAAUUAAAUGCUCAGAAAGAUUGGACGGUUGGUGUAAAAAAAUCGCCGAUUGUUAUAUCCAGGUAGCGGUAAGUGGAAUACUUAUUUUGAACUUUUGAUCUUUUAGCAUUAUACGAUGCAAGUUAAAUUAAAUCAUAAAUAAAACGUGUUGAAUCUUUUCUAAUGUAAACCAAAGUAAUAAUGAAUAUUUGCUAUCUAUAAACUGUAACAUACUGUAAUUAAUUAAUUUACGUAUUAUUGAACGGUACCAGCCGAUAUAGGGCUUGCAGAGAAUGAAUUGAAAGAUCGGUCCAAGAUCGAUCGAUCGGUACAUUUUAGGAAAUUUGGUAUUGUAAUUAUUCUGUAAUGUAUUUAAGCCAAAUAUAUAAUAGUAAAAUGUA